CUUUUUUGAGAUAUAUGGAAACAGAGAAACAUGUUGAUGUUGUAUGGAUAGAUGAGUGUGCAUUGAAGUGAAGGUCAAAUGAAUGAAUGCUGGAUAAAUUAAUGAAACCAUAUACGUUUAUUAUUGUAAAUGAUGAAUCGGUGGCUUGUUAUAGGUGUGCCAGUGGUGGUGGGAACAGCUGUGGUUGCAGUUACCGCAGUGCUGGCCAAGGUGUUCCUUUUCGGGGACAAGAAGAAAAAGGCCCCUGUGGCACUCCAGGACCCAACUAUCAAAUAUCCACUCAAGCUUAUUGACAGGGAGGAAGUUAGCCAUGACACACGGAGGUUCCGUUUUGCCCUGCCUUCCAUGGAUCACAUCCUUGGGCUUCCUGUCGGACAGCACAUCUACCUUUCGGCCCGUAUUGAUGGGCAGCUGGUGAUCCGUCCCUACACACCUGUCUCCAGUGAUGAUGACAAGGGUUACAUGGACCUCGUCAUCAAAGUUUACUUCAAGAAUGUGAACCCCAAGUUCCCGGAUGGUGGUAAGAUGUCCCAGUACCUCAAUAACAUGGAGAUAGGGGACUAUAUUGACGUACGUGGACCCUCCGGCCUGCUCACAUAUGAAGGAAAAGGCGUGUUCAAGAUCCGUGCUGACAAGAAGUCAGAGCCACAGACUGUGACAGCCAAGAAGGUGGGUCUGAUUGCUGGUGGCACGGGCAUCACCCCGAUGUUACAGCUCAUCAGACAUGUUCUUAAGGACAAGGAGGAUAAGACAGAACUGGCCCUGCUCUUUGCCAACCAGACAGAGGAGGACAUUCUGUUGAGGCCAGAAUUGGAGGACAUCGAGCAGGCAUACCCUGGGCGCUUCAAGCUCUGGUACACCCUGGACAAACCACCCGCAGACUGGAAGUACUGUUCGGGAUUCAUCAAUGAUGGGAUGAUCAAGGACCACCUGCCUGUCCCUGGGGAUGGCAGCCUUGUGUUGAUGUGUGGGCCCCCGCCCAUGAUCAACUUUGCCUGCAUACCCAACCUAGAUAAACUGGGAUACACAUCCGACAUGAGAUUCUCUUUCUAGACACUUAGCAGCUUUAAAUAUAUAUAGAUAUAUAUAUACUUUGUUGUAUAAACAGCAAUAUCCUGAGCAGGACUUGAUGGGCACAUUGUUUGGUAGUUCUUGUUGAAUGAUGAAGGCAAAACAUCUUCAGAGGGAAUUAUAGUUUUUUUGUACAUUGUAUAAAAUAAAGGGGUUGCAAACUAACAGUGCUAUUUGGUUGUGAUACUUUGAUAUACAUGUGUUCAGGAUAAAUGACUUUUUUUGUGUUUGGACCAUACAUCGGUAAGACUUAAUGAUGACUGGAUCUGUUUAGUUAAGGAAGUAACACUAUUGUGAAAGAUGCAUUUUAACUGCACCAGUUAUUUUUUUUCUUGUUUUCUGGUUUAUUGAUAUUUAGUUGAUUAUUUAUUCUACAUUUUAAUUAAUUAGGAGGUAUGUAUGCUUUUUAUGUAUAUUUAGCAUUGUCCAAUAAAAACUUUUUACUGCUUGUACUUCUUGAAAUAAAAUAAUUGUAAGUUAUAAAACAGA